CGGCCGACAUUUCCACUUCGACCUCCAGUAUCUUUUUGACCUGGAUGGCUUCAACGGUCUUCUGGGUGACUGCUGCUGUCAAUUGCAACAGAUGAAUAUCGCAUUGCCAGCAGCAGUCGUGACACUGUCGUAUGGUAAGAACAAGACUAUCAAGGGUCAAAUCAGACGAACGAUUUGUUCAGAGAUCCGAUUAUCAAGUCAUCGCGAAGUCGAGAAAGCUACCGAGAUUGAGUGCUUGUCGUGGCAAGAGAAUCUAGUUUCGGUUGACACAUGCCUGUGUGUGAUCUUUCGGCGAGCUUGGAUGUGUCAUGGUUAUAGAAAAAAUACAUUUUUAAGUCACAAACUUCGUCUCAUGACUAGUGAUUUGAGGACCUCCAGACCAAUGUCCUCGUAUGUCAAUUAUCGUUCUCUGGACUUUACCGAGACUUUGCCAGUGACCAACAUAGCUGGCAGUAGUCGAAUCCAAAUCUCUAUGUAUACGCAAAUCUAUCUCAACCUUGCCUGA